AUGACGGGGCCCCGGGAAGCCGCGGGGACGAGUCCGCGGGCUCCGCCGGCAGCCAGCCACCCUGAAGUAGAGCCAGCCCCGGCGACCGGCCGCAACCCCCACCGCGACCGCAUCACCCUGGAAAAAUACGCAGGCGGCCCUGCCCGCAGCCGGGGCCCAUGCGCAUCCGCCGCGAACCGGACACGGGACCCCCCCAAAAAGCCCCCCAGGCAAAAAGCGCGGCCCCACCCCACCAAGACCGAUGCCAACAGCGCGCAAUGCAACACACCGCGCACAGAAUCAACCCAAGAGCAGAAAAGCCGCCCGGCGCCCAACCGCAAGAAGAGCAGACCGCAGCCGGCGCAACCACCCCCCCCAGCAGCCCAAGGGGCAGCACAAAGCCAGAGCGGAGCGAACCACGCCGCUCCCCCACCGGACGAAGCCAGAGCAGCACAGCCACGUCCGCCGCCCCCUCCCCGCUGCCGGCACCAGGCCCUGACACAUGGCCGGAGCAGCUCCGCCGCCCCGGCCCCCCCGACGCGCGCCGGCCAGAGCCAACCCAACCCCCACCCGCCCCGCAGCCACACCCGCUGCGAUCAGCGGGAACAAAGCAGCUCCACCAUGCCUCCAAGAGGGAAAUCCCACCCGAAUACCCAAUCAGCGCAGCCAGCCCAUCCACACCGGCCCCCCAACACCCCCCCCGCCGGAGCCGCCUGGACCCCCACACACCAGCGGCGCGCCGCCAGCAGGACCCCCACCCAACGGGCCUGCCCGCCCCCCGAGAAAACAGACAUGCCAAUCCCCCCCCCCCCAAAAAAAAACCAUGCCAAGCAGAAAAAAGCCCCCACAAUGCGACAGUGGACACCAGACACCGACCCGCCCGCAACCGCUCCCCCCCACCGAGAAAAAAUAAAAAACUAA